GCCUUCUCCUUCUCCGGAGCUCCGCUGGGAACGAUCCUAUCCUAGCGGCGAUCCCGCCGUCUACAGCGAUCGUCGGUCGAAAUCCCAAACCUUGAACGUACUCCAUGGGCUUGCUCUCGCUGGGAACACCGCUACCUUGGGAGGAAGCGAAGAAAUAUGCAGAUCAUGUCCGCGAGCACGGCAUCACGCAGUUUCUCAGUAUUUGGGACAAGCUGAAGGAUAGGCAGGGUGAUGAACUCUUGUGGGGAGACGAGAUCGAAUAUAUGGUGGUCGUCUUCGAUAACGAGGAGAAGAAUGCCAAACUCUCCCUGCGCCAGUCUGAAAUCUUAGCCAAGCUUCGUGCGGAAGAAGGUGGGGUAUCAGCGGCCUUGAAUCGAUGCGGCGAGCCGAUGGUGAUGCCCACGUUUCACCCUGAAUAUGGACGUUAUAUGCUCGAGUCAACUCCAGGGGCUCCUUACUCAGGAGCGAUAUGCGAUUUACUCUCCGUCGAAGAUAACAUGCGAUUCCGGCGACACUUCGCACGGAAAUAUCUCAAGCCCAACGAGCUUCCCUUAACCUUUACCUCCUUCCCUCGAUUGGGUACUCCAGGUGUCUUCACGGAGCCGCACUUCGAUCCGUCGAACGCCGUCUCCAGUCACAGCCUGUUCUUGCCGCAGGAAAUCACCAACCCUCAUGCUCGUUUCCCAACCCUCACUGCGAACAUACGUGAGCGACGCGGGUCCAAGGUCUCGAUAAACCUACCAAUAUUCAUCGACGAGAAGACGCCCCGGCCGUUCGUCGACCCGACGAUACCAUGGCACCGCAAUGUUUACAAGGAGGAUCACGAAGCAAAGGACGGCGCUGCGAAGAUAGAUCAUAUUUACAUGGACGCCAUGGGCUUCGGGAUGGGCUGUUGCUGCCUUCAAUUGACGCUCCAAUCGUGUAAUGUGAACGAGGCACGCCGAACGUACGAUGCAUUGGUACCAAUCGCACCCAUCCUGCUCGCUCUCACGGCUGCCAGCCCGAUCUAUCGCGGAUAUCUCGCUGAUGUUGACUGUCGAUGGAACGUCAUUGCUGGUAGCGUUGAUGACCGCACGGAUGAAGAGCGUGGGCUGAAGCCUUUGAAGAAAAAUCGCUUCCGGAUACCGAAGUCGCGUUACGACAGCGUGGAACGAUACAUCUCGAAUCACUGGACCAACCGGCCUGAAUAUAAUGAUCACCCUCCGUUGUACGAUGAAGCUAUCGUGAAGCGCCUACGAGAUCACGGUAUCGACGAGCUGUUGGCGAAACACAUUGGCUAUCUCUUCAUUCGGGACCCACUCGUCAUCUUCUCGGAGACAAUCGAUCAGAACGACGAGGUGGACAAUGACCACUUUGAGAACAUCCAAUCAACAAACUGGCAAACUAUCCGAUUCAAGCCCCCGGGAAAUGCUUCGAUUGGUUGGCGUGUCGAAUUCCGGAGCAUGGAGGUCCAACUUACCGACUUCGAGAAUGCCGCUUUUGCUGUAUUCCUUGUCCUGCUGACUCGAGCCAUCCUUGCUUUCAACCUCAACUUCUACUUGCCGAUAUCCAAGGUGGAUGACAAUAUGCAGCGAGCGCAGAAGCGGGACGCGGCGCGCGCACAGAAAUUCUUCUUCAGGAAGGACGUGUUCCCGGUCGGUCAGGAGUCACGGACUCCAAGUAUAGCAUCUUCUUCUGGCGUGUCCUCGCCAGUGGAUGGCGCUGGCAAUCUGCCGCGGAAGGACAGACGUCUGAGAAAUUGCUAUCCCGCAGCACCACCUCCACCGCAAGGACUUCCGCAUGAUAGAAUAGAGGAUGAGUACGAAGAGAUGACACUAGAGGAGAUCAUGACUGGCAAGGGCCCAGACUUCCCUGGUCUUAUUGGUCUUGUAGAUGCGUUCAUAACAACGCUAGACGUCGAUGCUAGUGACUUGGAGAGGAUACAGCGAUACCUCGACUUGGUCAGGAAACGCUCGACAGGCGCGUAUAAGACCACCGCGACAUGGAUAAGGGAUUUUGUGCGAUCGCAUCCGGCUUACAAGCACGACUCGGUUGUCAAUCAAGAGAUCAAUUACGAUCUCAUGGUCGCAGUGGACGAGAUCGAGCGUGGUUUGCGCAAGGUUCCGGAUCUGCUACCUAAGGAAUAUUCGUGCCCGGAGGCCGCUUCAGGGGCACUAGCAGGGUUGAAAUCACCCCAGUAGAUGGACUCAAUAAUACAAAUGU